AGUGCCAUUUUCUUAAUCCCAAACACAACUGCAUUCAGGAUGUCCAAUUUCCAUAAAUUGUUCAAUAGUGAAACUAUCACUGGACGAGCCAACGUUGCCAAAGCCACAUACGCCUCAUUCGCAGUGCUCUACAUAAUGCAUCGCUUACGAAAACGCUCAAAAGCAAGCCAUAGCGAUACACAAGCAGCAGCAGCAGGCAAGAGUGUGACUGAAGGUAAAUCUGAUCCAGAAAUUUGGAAGGGCGAACUUGGCAGCGAGAAAUCUCCGGCGCCACCUGGAGAUGAUGGCGAUACAAAUGAAAGCGCUAUAAGCGCUGUAAGUAUCGGCAACUAGAAGUGAUGGAAUUGGCGGUGGAGAGGGUGUUGAAGGAAGAGCAGAUGGCACGCACAAUCAAAAUGUCAAAGUGAAUUCACGUGAGCACGAACCCCCCGUGGUGAAUGCAGUCUGGGGUUGCGACAUCUAAAGGCUCCGUUGGUUAAAUAUAUUUUUAGAAAUUUUGAAUGCACAAUUCAAGGAGAAUUCGUACAUAUGUAUAAGUUGUACUUAUAUCGCACGUUUAAUAAUAUAGGUAUAUAAUUCAAAAUUUACGUAUUUUGAGAUUUCAUCAUACAAUUAUAUACACAAUUAAUA